AUGUCCCUGACCUCUCGUGUUGUCAACCUGUUCUCCUCCGGAUCAGCAGGUUCGCCCGCAGAAGAUCGUACCAAAUUCGGGAUUGUUGAUGAUGGAGGGGGAGACGACGUCAAUAUUAUAGUGGGAAAAGGACUACUCGGGUUGAAAACUAUGGCACACAAAGAGGUCGAAGGGGAGGGACGACCGUCUUAUUUACAUGCCAUGAUUGCUGGGGGAAUUGGUGGAACCACGGGCGAUCUGCUUAUGCACUCUUUGGAUACGGUCAAAACUCGUCAACAAGGUGAUCCGCAUGUCCCGCCAAAGUAUAACAAUUUGUCGUCCUCAUAUUCUACAAUUCUAAGGCAAGAAGGAAUACGGCGAGGACUAUAUGGAGGUUGGGUUCCUGCUCUUCUAGGGUCUUUCCCUGGCACAAUUAUAUUCUUUGGAACAUAUGAGUACAGUAAGAGGCAUCUGAUAGAUAAUGGCAUCCCCCCAUGGUUUGCCUAUCUCUCAAGUGGUUUUGUCGCCGACUUUGCAGCCUCCUUCGUAUACGUACCUUCCGAAGUCCUCAAAACUCGUCUACAACUCCAAGGUCGAUACAAUAAUCCGUUUUUCAAUUCUGGUUACAACUAUAAAAACACAGCACAUGCUGCCCGAACAAUAGUUAAGCAAGAGGGGUUCUCGGCGCUCUUCUACGGUUACAGAGCAACAAUUGUUCGAGAUCUGCCAUUUUCGGCGUUACAAUUCGCAUUCUACGAGCAAAACCAGACUUGGGCGAGAAGGUGGAAGGGAAGCCGAGAUAUUGGGUUGCCAUUGGAACUUCUCACAGGAGCGGCAGCUGGUGGUCUGGCUGGAGUAAUUACAUGUCCUCUUGAUGUCGUGAAAACAAGGAUUCAAACCCAAGUCAAUUCCGACCCGGAAACUACUGUUAAGCAGACCUCAAAAACUACGAAGAAUUCCUCUUCUAAACCCACCCGCACGAAGCCAACAUCUACAAAAUCUACGAAGCAUCAGGCUCGAUCGAUAUCCACAUCAUCUCCCUCCACGCACACCCCUCGUCCCGGUAGCAUAACUCUCGAUACAUCUUCCGUCCCAACUGGCCUCAAACUUAUCUACAAGACGGAAGGAAUACCAGGCUUAUUUCGCGGAGUAGGACCUAGAUUUGUAUGGACGAGCACACAAAGUAGUUGUAUGCUGGUUUUAUACCAAUAUAUCCUGAAGCGAUUAGAAAGCUCCAACUUGCAACGGGAUCAGGAAUCGAUUGUAUAA